AUGCGACACGGGCCCCACGAGUCCACAAUCCUGCAGUUCUGCGGCGCACGGCUGGUGUGUCCCAUCCCCGACGCGGCCGAAGCUGAGGACGUGGCGGCCCUUGCCUCUCGAUACUCGGAGCAGCUGGUCAGCAAGCACGCCGCCAGCUGCCCCUGGCGCUCGGCUGCAUGCCCGGUCUCCCUCCUGCGCUUCCCGCCCCUGCCCCAGGCGACGCUCGCCGAGGACCUAGCCCAGCGUACGGCGUCCCUGCGGCGCCUGGUGUGCCUGCCCCCGAUCGCGGCUGGGCAGCUGGAGGCCAUCGCCGGCGUGCCGCGGGCCGGCGACCUCCUCGCGCGCCUGUGCGGCGCGCAGGGGGAGCCGCGGCCCCAUCCCCCCGCCCUGACGGCCCUGCUCGCGGGGGCCGGCACCGCGGCCCGGGGCUCCCCUGCCUUCGAGGCCCGCGCCCGCCUGCUCGCGCUGCUGGGCUGGUCGCUGCGCGACCUGGACGGCGCGGCGCGGGGCGGCGGGGGCGGGGCCGCCCGCGCAGGCCCGCCGGCCACGCCGGGGAGCGCGGUGCUGACCUGCGCGCUGUGCGGCGCCAGCGUGGGCAUGUGGUCCUCGUUCCCCUCCACGCCCCCCGCCUUCGCGGCGCGCUCGCCACCAGGCUCCGCCGCGGCGGGCAUGGGCCGGGCCCGGACUGGGGCCUCGCCGGCCUCGACACCGGGGACCACGAUCGCGGGGGGGGCUGCCGGGUCGACACCUGGACUCCCAGAGGCCCCCGCCCCCGACGGCCCGUUCGGCAGGCCCGGGCCCCCCUCCACUCCCGCGUUCGGGCUGGCGACGCUGGCCACCUGCGCCGAGGAAAGCGCGGAGAGGGCGGCACGGUGCCAGGGGGUGCUGGGCGCAAAGCGCGCCGCUGCCGAGGCGACGCAGGGCGCCGCCGACGCGCAGGCCGCUGCCGGGCCGGUGCAGUACCUUUCCUCCGCGGCCCUGCAGCGGUACGCCGCGCUGGAAAGCGCGGCAAUGGAGCCGCUGGACAUGCACCGCUCCUUCUGUCCUUGGUUGCCGGGGCCGGGUGGCGAGCACCCCGGCUGGCGCUGGGUCUGGGGCCAGCUGUGCGAGGACGGGCAAGAAACGGGUGCCUCCCUGGAUGGUGGGCCCAAGCGCGGGGAGGACCUUGCAGAGGAAAGCAAGACCAAGGCGUGGGACCCCAGUGCCCUGCUGCGCACAGUGCUCGACAAGGUGUCUGUCAGGCUCUGA